UCAGUCAGUAAUGCUCUGCAGAAGAAGCAGGGGAAACAGGAGAAGGCUGACCUGAUAUUUGCGUCCAAGGGAGACCUCACUGGGACGGGACGGGUACCGCAAAGCAAGGAGUGAAAUACUUUGUAGAUAAUGUACAAAGAUGGUGCCUUGUCAAACCCACGUGUUGCUGAAGUGGCAGGAGCAUUUCAAUAGUUCCUGGGCUGCAGAGGACAGCACGCUGACAUCCAGGAGGCAUGAGGCAGCCGUGCUCUACAACAAACUCCUUCAAAACAAGGAGGUGGUGACUUUGGCGCAGCCUGUUCAAGAACUAGCCGGCCCAAGGCUACCUGACUUUGAGUGUGAAUCCAGCACAUCGGCUGAGAAGGAAGAGUACCUGUCAGCUUUGCUUCACAGCCAGCGAUGGCUGGCUCACCGCAUGCUGACGCAAACCGCCUACACUCUGGGCCUCCACCAAAGACUGGUUGUUCUGCAGAGGAUUUACUACGCUCUUCACAGCAAGUAUCAUGAUAAGUUUCGCCUUCAGCUGCCCUCUCAGUCCACGGACAGCGGCGCAGAAAGUGGGCAGAUUGAGCUGGCCUCAGAACUUCGCCUGCCAGGAGGGGGUUCCAAAAUCAAGUCGGGUACAGAUGUUCUGAUAGAAAUGGGUGUAAGGACGGGUCUGAGUCUGCUCUUUUCUUUACUGCAGCAGAACUGGAGGUACGCAGCCUCUGUGCACCCAGAGUCGGUGCUUUGCAAUGACGUACUUUCCACAGCAUCCGCUGUCCUGGCUUCUCUGCCACCUCUCUCUCUGGCUAAUGAGAGUAAAAUCCCAUCUGUGGGUUUGGACUGCCUUGGACAGGUAGCUGACUUUCUGAAGAAGACCUCGGUGAGCAGUGGGAGCAGUGGUGCUGACCCAACUGGCCGUAGGCUGGCACUAGAGCUCCUGCUUGGCCUGGCCAUACAGAGGGGCUCUUUGAAAUUUCUACUGGAGUGGGUGGAGGUAGCUUUGGCAGCAUCCAUGCCCUCCUCCACCUCAGUCCCGUCUUCCUCCUCCUCCUCCUCACAGAGCUUUCAGCAGUCACCUGGCAUGGGCUUUGACUUUAUUCAGCAAACUCUUCUACAAAUGAGGCAAUGCUCGGGUUUCCGUGGGGAUCCCGCCAACACUCAGGUGCUAACAAAGGACGGAGAUGGACUUUGUCGACUCUCCCAGGCUGCUCUCUGUUUGUUUGAUGAGAUAUGUAACCUGGCAUCGAGCUGCCUGUGCUCCUGCAGCAUGGACGUGGCCGCCCCUGGUACUGAGAGCGAUGCAGUGAUGGUUUACGUCUGGGGAAGCAACAGCAGCCAUCAGCUGGCAGAGGGAACGCUGGAGAAAAUCCUCCUGCCAAAACUGACGCAGGGUUUUAGUGAUGCUCAGAUGAUUGAAGCAGGCCAGUACUGCACCUUCUCAGUGUCUGCAGAUGGCUCAGUAAAAGCCUGUGGGAAAGGCAGCUAUGGUCGCCUCGGUCUGGGUGAUUCCAACAAUCAGUCUAUGCCCAAAAAGCUAGUCCUGGAGCCACACAGGAACAUGAAGAAAGUGUCCUCCUCCAAGGGCUCCGAUGGACACACCCUGGCCAUCACUGUCGAGGGAGAGGUGUUCAGCUGGGGUGAUGGUGAAUAUGGAAAACUGGGUCAUGGCAACAGCGCUACACAGAAACACCCCAAAAUCAUCCAAGGGCCGCUGUCGGGGAAAGUUGUCGUAUGCGUGUCUGCGGGCUACAGACACAGCGCUGCCGUUACUAAUGAUGGGGAGCUUUAUACGUGGGGAGAGGGGGACUUUGGCAGACUCGGUCACAGCGACAGCCAGAGUCGAAACAUUCCGACACUGGUGAAGGAUAUCAGUGGAGUCGGGCAGGUAACCUGUGGCAGCUCCCAUACCAUUGCUGUUGCACAAGAUGGACGCACAGUGUGGUCCUUUGGUGGUGGAGAUAAUGGUAAACUAGGUCAUGGAGACACAAAUCGUGUGUAUCGCCCAAAGGUUAUUGAGGGCCUUCAUGGAUUUAUCAUCAGGAAGGUGUGUGCAGGCAGCCAGUCAUCUCUGGCCCUCACUUCUGCUGGACAAGUGUUUGCUUGGGGCUGUGGCUCAUGUUUAGGAUGUGGCUCUUCUGAAACCACCUCAUUAAGGCCCAGGUUCAUAGAAGACCUGAGCAUCACCAAGAUUAUUGACAUCUCGUGUGGGGACAGUCACUGUCUGGCUUUGUCUCAUGAGAAUGAAGUGUACGCCUGGGGAAACAACACGAUGGGCCAGUGUGGGCAAGGCCACACUUCUACACCCAUAACCAAACCCAGAAAGGUGCUCGGCUUAGAGGGGAUUUCGAUUCAGCAAAUAACCGCUGGGACGUCUCACAGUCUUGCAUGGACUGCAGUUCCAACCGAUAGGCAACUAGUGGCAUGGCACAGACCCUUUUGUGUCGACCUGGAAGAGAGCACUUUCACCUACUUACGCAACUUCCUAGAAACGUAUUGUGAUGGCAUCGGUAACGAAACACCCCCUGCUCCGUUUUUAUCUAAGAGGGACCACCAUCAUUUCCUUCUGCUGUGCAUGAAGCUGCUGUCCAUCCACUUGUCCUUGGCCCAUGCAGGCGGCACUGGAGCCAUGGUUCUAGGUGCUCAGGGGAGGCCUUUGAGAAAUCUAUUGUUCAGGCUCAUAGACACCAACAUACCAGACUCUAUACAGCAGGCAGUUUUAAACACACUGUCUAUCGGGGCCUCCCUGCUGCUGCCUCCUCUCAGGGAACGAACUGAACUUCUCCUCUCACUCCUUCCCCAAGGCCCCCAAAGUUUAAAUGUUCUCUCCAAAGGCCAGCGCCUGCAGCUAGACAUGGUCCUCAGCAGCCUUCAGGAUCAAAGCCACAUAGCCUCUCUGCUAGGUUAUAGCAAUUUUGGUGAGGUGACAGGCCUCGGGCCUCCGCUAACCUCCGGGGCAUCGGCUCGACCACCCUCCUCCUCCAGCUCAGUAGAUGCCUACAACCCGCUGCACUUAGCAGAGAUCCUGCUCAGAACACUUCUUCUCAGCAUCGGCUUUUAUACGGAGCAACAGUUUGGAGAACUGGAGAAAAAUAGUGAUAAACAGCUUUGCAGUGGUGUGGAGGGACAAACUGAUCCUCCUUCUCAGUUCCACCAGCUGCUGUCAGGACUUCACAAACACCUGCUGGCUCACUGCUACAUUCAAUCAAGUCCGGAGGAUGAUGGCAGUGCAACUCUGCUUCGUGAGCACCUUUUCCUGUUGCUUCCCUGCGCUGCCGAGACUUUCAAGAGGUCCACUAAGCUGCUGAAAAAGAGCGCCAAUGAUAAACAAAUAAUUAAAAAGCUGCACACUGUGUUGUACGACUCUGCUGCGGGGAGCUUGCUGUGCCAGGUGAUGUACUCCUUGCUGCUGCUGCCGCUGGACACAGUUCAGCCUCUUCUGAACCACCUGCUGUCAUUGUUGGAGCACCUCAAUGAUCUAAACAGUCUGUUGCCUGAAACGUUCCUGCUGGAGGAGCAAGAGCUGGAAGUAGAGGUUGAGAAAAUGUCUUCUGAUAAAAGUGAAGAAAGCCCAAACCUCGGAAAGGAGCAUCAGCAGCAGGAGGAGGAAUAUGGAUGGGUUUGGAUACUGGACCUGGAGCGGUCUGUUGCGUUGGCAGUUGGACGCUGCCUUGGCGGUUUGCUGCAAGGCCCGCCCCCCUCACUCCACGAGAAGCUGUCAGAGACAUGGUUAUCGAACAUCCUCCUCAGGAACGGUCUGGAGAUGGACUUCGAACAGCUUGACUCUACCAUGGCUUGGCUGACUGAGGUGGUGCUCCUGGGGAACAGUGAUGCCCAACAGACAGAGCUAAGCCUAACUGAGGAAACCAGGACUUUACUGGAGUUGGCUCUGGGCUCCAACAGGGGACUUGCAGGUGUUUUGUGGUGGAAAAUGGAAGAGUAUGCUCUUACCAAAGAAUGGGAGAAUGGAGGUUCUUCAGAGGAUUACCUGCUGCCAAUCGUCUCCCGUUGCAGUCUUGCUGCUCUCCUUAAACACACUGGGCUGCAGAAUGAGGCUUGCUGGAAUGACAGACAAGAACCAUCUGGGAUGCUAUUAGAAGUCUAUGAAACAGUUUUUAAACUCAGAAACUCUCUUUUGGCCCUUAAAAAUGCUCCAAAAAUGUCUCCCAGGCAAGACAUGUCCAAACAGAAUUCUCCACAAAGUCCUGGUAUUAACAUUCAAGAGGCCUGCAUGUCUAUGGAGCAAGCAGGUAAAGAACAAGAGCAGCAGUCAGUAAGUUUCUGUCACAGGGAGGUGCAGGUGCCCCCAACUCCAACAGCAAACCACAACCAAGAAGAAAUGACUGAGGACGACAGAUUUAACAGCAGCCGUAUGUACCUGUCAGAAGUCCUGGAAUCCUUCAUGGCCACCAGGGAAGCCAUGCAGGUGCAGCAGAAUGUGACGGUCUAUGAGUCAUUUGGCACCUCCACCCUCCCAGGCAGCAUGGACAGCCCCGUCAGCCCAGAGAGACAGCCGGAUCUUAAACUACAAGGGGAAACUGCUACUGAAUCAGAUCAAGGUCUGUCGUUUCCUGCUGCCUGUCAGCUUGUGAUAUCCCAAUGCCUCUUCCUUCUGCUGGGAGUCCGGCCUGCCUGGGUUGAACCCAGUGAAGUGGAAGAUAAUCAAGCUGUGAACGUCAUUACAAGGCGGUUAUCAUCAGAGGCUUUUACAGUAGCUCUUACCGGAAGAAAACAAUUCGACCUAUCCAAAAACUCAGCUGGAUGUUCGUCGAAUAAAAUGGGUUUACCUCUGUGUUCCUUGGGGAUAAUGAAAGGAGCAUGGGAUCGUUUACGCCAGUGCAUCAGCCCCUUUGGCUCCAUGUCCCGCUCCGACAACAACACUUUGCCUAUUCUCAACCAGGUGUUUCAGUUCACCUGUGGAGGCUUGGCCUUGCUACCUUCAUCACCAGCCCUGUCUGGAUUACAGAGCUUUGGACAGGCAGAUCCAAAAUCCAUCACUUUAGCCAUAAUGCACCAGCAACAGCGGGCUGAGAUGCGCUUGGAGGCCUUGUGUCAAAUGUCAGCCUUCCUGUCUAAAAUGGAAGAGAAAAACACUCGAUCCUCAGCGUCCCCACACUUUCCUGCUUUGCUGCAGUCUGUGCAGCUCCAGUUUCUGUGUGGAUGUUUUGCCUUGGGAACCCAAAACAUAGGAUCUCACUCAGGAGCCAGUUAUGAGACCCAGCAUUACAUGUGUGGAACUAAUGCAGCAUCUUUGGAUACAAAGAGAGCACUAAAAUCUGGAGCCCAUACCUUUUACCAGCAAGUGGUGCAUGUCCUCCAAGUAAGAGUCAAGCUGGAAAAGGACCAUCCAGGGUCCUCCCAGCAUCUCCUCCUAGCUACCAUGUUUGCUUUGAAUUUCUGCUACCAGCCUGCUGAUCUGGUGCUGGUUAUCAAAUGUGGCAUCCUGGAUAUCCUCUCUACAUUGACCAACAACAGCUGUGCACUGAUGAACCAGGGCUGGUUGGCUGCUUCUACCUCAAGACCGAUGCUCCUCAGUGGGGCAGUCAAACUGGCUUGUGCCCGCUUGCUUCAGAUACUGACUGUAGCUGCAAGCUCUUGUGAAGAAUUGUUGCCUUUGGAUGUAUCUCACGCUCUAAUGGAGGUGAUGUGUGAGCAGCUUUCAAACAUCCUGCAGAAUCUCCACCAACAACAGAUAGCAGAGAGAUUAGCAGCUGCGGGAGCCGCUCCAGACACCAACAACAGCAGCACAAAACUUGUCAAAAGCAGUAAGGUGACUGAAUCUCAGCUUGCGGAUUUGCUGGUUUUUCUGCGACGGGUGUUGUCAUUGAGAGUGAUGAAAAGACUUUCUACCUUUGUUAAGUGGAUGGAACCACUGAUGGCCAUUAUUUCACCAAAGUGCUCUUCCGGAUCUCCAUGCUUCCAGAACCUCCGCACCAAGCUCUUGGCCUUCCAUGUUUUAGAAAGACUUUUACCUGCUUGCUCUGAGCCAGUUCAGAUUCAACAGAUUGUAGAACAACUCUUCCAGCUUCUGUCUGUUUAUAUGUGGGAGGAACCUUAUCCAGAGCGAAACUUUGAAGAGAAAACUGAAAAAGAGACAGGGACUCCUGGCUAUUUUGAUGAAUGUAUCCCCAUUGGGGAUUUUUCCUUCGACCCAGACAAGAUAGUCUGUUGUUCCUUGGAGAGUGGUAACAUCCUGUCCCAUGGCGCAGUUGGAAAAGGUUACGGAUUGGCAACCACUGGCAUUACCUCAGGAUGUUUUAUUUGGAAGUUUUACAUUACUAAAGAGAACAGAGGAAACGAGGGUACAUGUAUCGGUGUUUCCCGCUGGCCAGUCAGAGAUCACAACCACCAUACCACCACUGACAUGUGGUUGUACCGGGCUUACAGUGGCAAUCUGUACCAUGGCGGAGAGCUGGUCCGUACGCUUCCCUCCUUUAGCCAGGGUGACACCAUCACCUGCAUCCUGGACAUGGAAGCCCAUACAAUAUCUUUUGCCAAAAAUGAUAAGGAGCCAAAGCUGGCAUUUGAGGGCGUAGUUGCCUCUGAACUGUAUCCUUGUGUUUUAUUCUACAGCAGUAAUCCUGGAGAGAAGGUGGCUCUACGUGACCUACAAAUGAGAGGCAUGCCCAGUAAUCUUCUGCCUGGGGAGCCUCUCUGCAGCCCUCAGACCACCGUGCUGCUGGAGUCAACAGUGCAGCUACUACGUCGGCUCCACCAGUCCGAUCAAUGGUUGCCCCACAUUAACCAGCACAUUCACUCCCACUUGGAGCUCAUUGGUGGUAUCCUGAGAGAAGAAGACUCUAGAAGCUUUAAAAGCUUAGGCCUUAGUCCCCCCCACACACAGAUGGAAGACGUUAAAGAAGACAAAGACAUGUCUGGUGAAAACAGUGGGAAGUUCGCUGCCCAUCGUCAGACCCUGUCAGACUCCAAGCUGACUGCUCUUUGCAAUGAAGUGUGGCCAGCUCUGGCUGUGAUUGGAGGGGUCGACGGCGGCCUCCGUGCUGGGGGCCAGUGCAUGCACAAGCCAAGCGGUCGCAGGGCCAUUAUGCUUGGGGUCUUGAAAAAAGGAAGUUCCCUGGCUAAGCUUCAGUGGGAGGAAGCGGAUCUCUCUAUCAGCUCCAUGAAUUCUUGGUCACCCAGCGACACUCCGAUCAUCUCACUGGAGCCGUGUGACGAAUCCUGCUGUGAUGUCUCGCGCCUCGGAGGACUCAAGCCGGCGGUUUUGUUGGAUUUAAUAUACUUGAUGAGGCUGCUGGAGGAAGAGGGUUGGCAGGGGGUGUGCCAGACUCCCAGAGGGAAAUACUUUGAGGAAAUCCCAAAGGAGGAACAGAAACGGUGCCGCCUGGAAGAAGAUUUUUCCGACGGUGGAACAUGGCUUCCUGAAAGCGAAAGUAAAAAGUUAAAGGAACAGAAGGUUGAAACAGACUCUUUUCCGUCUUUAAACCCAUCUUCAAAGACAGCUGACUCUGAGGAGUUGUCCUGCUUAUCGCAACCUGCUCAGACAUCUCAGACUUUAAAAAUGGAUAUGUUUGCACUGGAAAUGAGGACAGUCAGGGUCUCUUAUCUUCUUAUUGGAGGCUUAAAAUGCCUGACAGUGUUUUUUACUUGCGAGAAGCUUUCAGAUUUACUGCUUGUGUCCAAGCAUGAUCCUCCAAAUUCCCCUGUGAUUCCUCUGCACAGCCCCAUCCCUGACCAGGCUAAGAGCAAACAAUGGGAUGAACAUGCUGAGCUGAGAUCGGUACUGCAGUAUGUGGUUCAGAGCAUGGUAAAGUGGGCAGUGAGGCCCUGUCCUAUCAAGCAGACUGUAUCUCUUGCUGAUUUGGAGAGGGCUCAAGUCAUGUUAUACAAAGGAGCCCUGAGCAGACCGCAGGACGACAAGGAACGCAAAGAGUCAGGGCGCCAUGCGUCUUCUCAGUCCGUUUCCAAGUCCUCCAGCUCAGUGUCGUUGUACAGCGCGGGUUCAGAAGGCACUGCCAUCUUCAGCCAAUCAAACAGAGUCUCUGCCUCAUCUUCAAGUAAUGACUUGGCAUCCUCUUUGCAAGCAAACCUGCAGAUGGAUGGAGUUGAAAAUUUCAACCCUUUCCUUCCCAUCAGCCUCCUUCAGCAUGUGUUGCUAACUCGGUUCCCUACACUUACGGGCCUGGAUAGCGCCCCUCCCUUGCUGUCCCCGUGCUUCAGCUUUGCGAGCGCUGCUGCGUGUGAUGCCUUCACAGAGCAGCAGACCAGCUUCAUGGAGCCUGGCCCCUGCAGCACACAGGCCAGAAGCAGCCUGGAGCGGACACAAAUGUUUGUCACCAGUCGUUUGCUAGAAAUGGGAUUCACUAUGAGGCAUAUCUACUGGGCCAUGGAGGCAGCAGAUGUAGCAGGUGACUUGGAUUCUCAAACUAUUGAAGUCCUGGCGAGUUGGAUGCUAGAGCACCCCCUGACUGACGACCUCCAGGCAGCUGAGGCACCUAGACUAGAGGGAGCAGCAGAAACUCCGUCGCCUGAUGGACCAGAGACGGUGCAAUGCCCUGAAAGGCCCACUAACCAAACAAGUGAAAGUUUAUUACCAGGACUUGACUGGAUAGAGAGGGAGAACUUCUUGGAUGUCCACCUCACUAGGAACAGACCUCCUCCUGCACGGCGCCGCCGCUCAGGACCCACUCAGAGGACCUCUUUCCGAAGGCCAGACUUGCCGUCGCCCAGCCCUCUGCCACAACUCCAUACAGCAGUGGGUGAUUGGCCAGAACAUGUGGAAUUCCAUCCCUUCUCUGCUGAGGAGGAGUCAGAGCUGAGUUACAUGGAUGACCCGUACCAUGAAGAGGCCUACGAGGACCUUCUCACCCACUCAUUCUUUAGUUUAGAGAGAGACACUCUGCAGAUUGUAGAGGCUGGAGAAGAGCACAGUCAGAUGGUGAAAUGUGAGCUUUGCAACACUUUCACGCUGCAGUUUAACAAUCACAUAAAACGUCGACACCCAGGCUGUGGACAAAGUGCUGCCCGCAAAGGCUACGACAGCACUGGAGCUUACGUGGAUGUCUGGUUCAAAGGGGAGUGUGGCUCCAACUUCCCCUUCUACCUCCUCUGCAGCUCCUGCAGAGACAAAUAUCUGGCUGCUAACGGCAGUGAUCCAAACUCAAAAUAUGAAAGGAUCAAAGGUCUGACAUCAGAUUUGAUUGGCCAAAUGGAUAACACUUCAGAUGGUAAAGAAGAUGAGUGGGAAAUGAGCCACCAAGCUGAGGACGGCCAGGGGAAACUGACAGGGUUGGAGGAUUUUGGGCUCCUGCUGAGGCCACUGGGGCUGACUGAGAAAAAGCUUGUCCCUGAUCCAAUCGUCUUUACCGAACCAGAUCCGCUUGGCGCUCUAGUUUACAGCUCAUCCUCUCACACCAAGGGGGGCUCUAAAGGAGCUGUGACUCUUGACCAGAAGACGUCUCUGAGCCUCGGGCAGCAGGCUGUAUCUUUGAGGGACUCCCAUGAUCGACUAAAAGCGUUACGAAGAGUCACAUCCACUGCUCAGAUCCUCCUGGCUUACAGCAUGGUGAUGAGAGCGCUUUCCCAGACUGCUUCUAGUGCAUCUGUGUGCAGCCAGUCCAAUGGGCUGGAGUCCUUGGGGCUGGCAGACAUCCGGAUUCUGGUGCGUCUAAUGACAUUAGCUGCCGGGGGCCGAUCGCAUACCUGGGUGGACCAUCCUCCAGGAGUGCGGGGCCUGUUGACCGAACGCCACAAGACUACCUGCUUCAGCUUUCUCACAUCAGCCAUUGGGAACGUGAUCUCACACAGCCCUGCUGCUUACAGGCAGCUGGUAGAGAUAUGCACUCAGGACCUGAUGGCUGCAGCUACUGGGCUAAAUGUUGGAGCCAUCACUGAAUCACAGCAGAGAACAACUUUAACAACAUCUACUCCGGCAGCCAUGCAACAGAAGGACCCCAGCGACCAAACGCCUGCAACCUUCCUGGUCACACAACAUCUGGUGUCCCUGCUCACGGACAAGAACUUUCACGCUUGCAGCUUUGAAAAAACUGAACAUGAAAAUAUUGAUGAAGGUAACCAAGGGGUGGCUUCCUCACCUUUGCCUCCUUCACCUCACCUAAGUGGCAGGAUGGGAGCUCUGGAGCUAGCCAACGCUUUGGCAGCAUGCGUCCUUUCUGCACGACCCAGCAGCAAACAUCGACAAUGGGCAGCACAGCAGCUGGUCAAGGCCUUGGCAGCUGCAGUGAAAGAAAGUCCCAAUCGGCCCCAAACAUACAGCGACCUUGCUGGUGAUCUGCGCAAGUGUCCCCUUAAGAGACUUGAGGGGCAUUACAACAAGGUGGCUUGUUGUUCCUGGAGCAGUGACCAGGGUUUGCUUGCUACAUGCUCUCAGGACAAGGUGGUCCAGUUGUGGAAAAUCAGCCAGAGCACCGUGGAGUUACAGACUACCUUCUCCUGCAUUGUCAGUAAGACAGACCGAUCAGGCUCUGAGCGAGCUGGUAGAUGUCAAAAUAUGCCUCCUGUGUUUUGGAGUACUGGCGGAAACUUUCUGGCUGCUCCCGAGAACAAAUACAUCAACAUCAUGAACAUCAGAGGAUCUCUCUGCCAUGUAGAGGAUCAGAGCUCUCGGGUCACAGCUCUUUGCUGGGCUCAGAGCUUCAAUCUGUGGUUGCUGGAUCAGUCUGCAGCCUGCAAGAACAGGCCUACUGAGAGCCUGCUGGUGGGACGGCUGGAUGGCUCCCUCUGUUGGCUGCAAGUCACUAUGCAAGAUCAGGAUCUGCUGGUGAAGAGAACUGAUCUGACUCACUGCCACAGACAAGAAGCCCCUAACUGUGUGGCCUGGCACUCUGAAGACAAGCCUUUUGCUGUGGGCUAUCCCAGCGGGAAGAUCCUGCUGGGCACAACAGAGAGCUAUGAGAACACACAGCCUGUUGUUUUGUCUCUCUUCCAGGAUACUGUCAGCUACCUCAAAUGGGACCCCACUGGACACCUGCUCCUGUCUUUGGGGAGGUCAGAGGUGGUGAAGGUACUAGGACGCUCUGGGGGAACCUGGGUGACCCUGCACUCUCUUUAUCACACCAGCAUUGUUAACACCGCAGAGUGGUGCCCACUCGCUGGCAGAGCGCCCAGCCCAAGACUCAUGAUGGCUGUAGGUUGUCAGAACGGGUUGGUUUAUGUUUGGACUCUACCGCAAGGAGGUACAACUGUAUCUUUGCCAAACAUAUUGAACAGCCCACCGAGCCAGGAUAAAAGCUUCGAGGUGAAGCAAGAUAGUGCAAAGUGUAUUUUUGUACUGAAGGGGCACAUCACAGCGGUGAAGUCCCUUUCAUUUUGUUCCAGUGGCCUGGCAUUGGUUUCUGGAGGGAUAGGGGGGUUGCUAAACAUCUGGUCUCUGCAGGAUGGUUCAGUGUUACAGACUGUUACAGGGCUCGGCUCUGUCGUCAGCACUACAUGGAUACCAAACUUGGGUGUAGCUGCUUGCUUUGGGAGAUCCAAGGAUGUUUUGUUGAUCUGCUGCACCCCCAACUGGAUCAGUGAGAACCACGUGCUGGCAUCCUGUCGAAUGGUCUUGAGAAGCCAGAACAUCUUGGGCCUGAAUCGGGCGCCAUGUUUGGCCGUCUUCCUCGAGAGGCUGCCACUGUUGCUGAAGGAGCAGUACAGCUAUGAAAGGAGUCACGUGGCAGCUGGAGAUCAACUUGUCCACAGUGCCUUCCUGCAGAACCUGGCCUCCCUGGCUGUUGGUUUGUCCUUAGAAAAACAUCUGUGCUCGUAUCCACGGCCUCCACAUCACACCUAUGCUGAUGUUCCGUCCUGCCUUUCGGAGUGGAGCUGGCUGCUCACGUAUGCCACCACUGUCCAGAGUGCAGAGGCCAUCGCUAGUGGAACUGCCUUCCCUGAAUCCUUUGUUGUUUCUGGUCUUCUAGAUGUCCAGGACAUAAAUACCACCAAGGCUUUGGACAACAGCAUGUGGAGCUUCAAGAUGGAUGAACAGCUGAUGUCGUGGGCCACCAGCAGACCUGAGGAUUGGCAGGAAGGAGGAAAGACAGAGGUGUACCUCUGGGGUAACGGACGCUACGGCCAGUUAGCAGGAAUGGGAACCAACCUCACCAUGCCUACAGUAGCUCCCUCCCUGUUGCAGACGCAGCAGGUUGUUUGUGGGCAAAAUUGCACUUUUCUGGUCCAGACCAAUGGGUCUGUCCUCGCUGUCGGUGAAGGACAAUACGGUCGCCUUGGCCAGGGGAAUUCUGACGAUCUCUAUGUUCCCACUAUUAUCUCUGCAUUUCAAGGGUAUGUUGUGACCCAGCUGGUGACCUCCUGUGGCUCAGAUGGACACUCGAUGGCCCUGACUGAAACCGGGGAGGUGUUCAGUUGGGGAGAUGGAGAUUUUGGAAAACUGGGCCAUGGCAACAGUGAGAGGCAAAGGAGACCCAAACAGAUCGAGGCUCUGCAGGGGGAGGAGGUCAUCCAGCUUGCUUGUGGCUUCAGGCACUCCGCUGUGGUCACAGCAGAUGGGAAACUCUUCACCUUUGGCAGUGGGGAAUCUGGGCGUCUGGGUCUAAGGUCCACAUCCAAUAAGAUGCUACCUGAAAGGGUCGCUGCGCUUGAGGGCUAUCAUGUAGGACAGGUGUCGUGUGGUCUUAACCACACCUUAGUGGUGUCUUUGGAUGGAACUGUUGUGUGGGCCUUUGGCGAUGGGGAUUAUGGCAAACUUGGAACAGGUUCCUCCACAGCAAAAUACUACCCUCAGAAAGUGGAGCAAUUGUGCAACAAGGGAAUUAAGAAAGUCUGCUGUGGAACUCAGUUCUCUGUGGCACUAAGCAGUGAUGGACAUGUCUACACAUUCGGACAAGAGCGUUUGAUUGGUCUUCCCGACAACAUGCUGAAAAAUAAAUCCACGCCGCAGGUGGUGCCGUCCCUGGAGGGGCUCUUUAUUGAUGACAUUGCUGUGGGCUGUGAACAUGUUCUGGCUCUGGCCUCCACUGGAGACGUGUAUGCAUGGGGCUGUAAUAGUGAAGGACAGCUUGGUCUUGGACACUCCAAUCAAGUUAAGGAGCCAGCACUCAUAACUGCUCUACAGGGUAAACGCAUCAAGCAGAUCUCUGCUGGCCGAUGCCACAGUGCGGCUUGGACAACUCCUUCUGUCUUUAUGAAAAACUCAGGUGGCUCUGGACACGUGCAGCUAGGUCUUCCCCAGUCUGUCCCUCCACAGUACAACACUCUGAAGGACUGCAGCCCCGAUGUCCUCAGCAUGCGCCUCAGGGUUCUAUACCACUUCUCUGAUCUCAUGUACAAGUCCUGGAGGCUGCUCAAUCUAGACACCAAGAACCAGAUCUCCCCUUCACGCUAUACUUCAGGGGCAACGGCCAUCAUCAGGGGUGAGCUCAGAGGUCUGCUUUCACCCAAGGUCAACACUCUGCCUCUUGUGCGCUCAAUCGGCCGGACGAUGACCCAGGGCAAAACAUAUGGGCCACAAAUCACAGUGAAACGGAUUUCUACAAGAGGGCGUUCAAGCAAGCCCAUUUUUGUGCAGAUCGCAAAGCAGGUUGUGAACCUCAACCCUAUGGAGCUGCGGCUGCCGUCCCGAGCUUGGAAGGUGAAGCUGGUUGGAGAGGGAGCCGACGAUGCCGGCGGAGUGUUUGAUGACACCAUUACUGAGAUGUGCCUGGAGCUGCAGUCUGGUGCAGUGGAUCUCCUGAUCCACACUCCCAACAGCUUUGCAGAUGUUGGAUGCAACACUGACAGGUUCUUGCUAAACCCCGGGGCUCAUUCUGAGGAUCACAUGGUACAGUUCCGCUUCUUGGGUAUCCUCAUGGCUGUAGCCAUACGAACCAAGAAGCCUCUGGACUUGCAUCUGGCCCCAUGGGUGUGGAAGCAGCUUUGUUGUAUGCCGCUGGCAGAAGCUGACCUGGAGGAGGUCGACCUCCUCACCUAUCGAACCCUCCAAGGCAUCCUUCACUUGGAAAACAGUGGAAUCACCGCAGAUAAUUUCCAUGUGAUGAUCCCUCUGGAUUCAUUCAUGGCCCACAGUGCAGAUGGAAGACUGGUACCGGUGGUCCCUCGAGGUCAGAGCAUCUCCCUGACAUUUUCCAACCGCACCGAAUAUGUAGAGAGAGCUCUGGACUACAGACUGCAUGAAAUGGAUUCACAGGUGGAUGCUGUCAGAGAGGGCAUGGCCACCAUCAUCCCAGUCCCCCUCCUGUCGUUGCUGACAGCGCAGCAGCUUGAACAGCUGGUAUGUGGCCUGCCAGAGGUAUCUGUUGAGAUGCUAAAGAAGCUUGUGCGCUACCGGGACAUCACAGAGAACCACCAGCUGAUCCGCUGGUUCUGGGAGAGCUUGGAGGAGUUCACCAAUGAGGAGCGGGUGCUUUUCCUGCGGUUUGUUUCCGGCAGAUCCAGGCUGCCCUCUAACCCAGCCGACAUCUCACAGAAGUUCCAAAUCAUAAAAGUCGACAGGCCCAUAAAUGGACUCCCUACUGCUCAGACUUGCUUCUUCCUGCUCCGCCUGCCCCCUUAUACUAGCCAGGCCAUCCUCACUGAGCGUCUGCGCUACUCGAUCCACAACUGCACUUCCAUCGAUAUGGACAAUUACAUGCUGACCCACAACACAGAGCCAGUAGAGAGCUCAGACACGGAGGAGUAAACUGACCACCAUGGGGUCAUGAAUGUAUCUUCUAAAUUGCCAUGCACAUUAUGCACUGAACACAGACUUUUAUUUGCCAAACCUUUAUGGUAGCGUACUAUUUAUAUGUUAGUUUAUUUAAGAAGAUAAAUUAUUGUUUUGAAUUUUCUAACUGUGCAAAGUUGUGUUAUAAUUAUAGCAGUGCUACUGCAGGAAAAAGUCAGACUUUUAUUAUAGGCAACUUAGCCACAAUAAGAGAAGUAUGUAUAAUGUGCCUGUUUGGGAGUAUGUUAUAAUGUAAUGAUUUAUCACAAUGACUGCAGUCCUUAUUAUUUGUUGAAAUAAAGAGUGAUUAAAUAAGG